AUGUCAGAGACAGAUGUUCACAAGAGUAAUGGAAGACCCUUUCCCCCGUACGUGUCUCAGGAUGUGUUCAUGCGUGCCACGGCGCGCAUGCUGCACCCCCUCCUCAGCAUGGCGUUCUCUCAGUGGAGAGAGCACGUCUGUGCCAGCCGGGCACGGCGCCAGCUCAUGGGUCAGCUGGCAUGCACCAGGAGAUGGACAUCGCUGGCCUUCACCUUCAGCCUGUGGAGGCGACAGACACAAACCUGGCAACAAGCAGAGAGACACAGGGAAGCGGUCUUGCUGACUUCCUGUUUAAGCCAGUGGAAAGGGGUCCCAGUUGGUCAGAGGGCAGAGGCCCAGAUGCAGAGGAGAGCUGAGCAGUUUCACAGCGCCGCCGUCCUCCGUCACUGCUUCUCUGCAUGGCACGGACGGCUAAGGAGGGUGUGUGUUGGCCCGGGGAUGAAGGCCGGGGCCCAGCUGGCCAGCAGGACAGCCUGGCUACAGAGGAGAGACGAGAGGCGGAGGACCCACUCGGCCUUCACCCUCUGGAGAGCACGCUUCAAACAGUUCCAGGCUGUCACAGCCUUCUACACUAGCGCCACACUCACCAGGGUGUUUGUGGCGUGGCGGGGCCACGGUCAGCACCACAGGAGCAUGAUGGCUCUGGCCCGGGCCCAGCCCCGGCAGACGCUGCUGGGUAGCGCCCUGGCCCGCUGGAGAGGGUGGACCAGCCGUCUGCAGGAGGCCAGGAGGAGGGGGAAGGAGAGGCUGGCCCUGCAGGCCAGGGAAAGUCUGCAGCGCUGGAGAGAACACACUCGCAGGAGGUGUGUCUUGCGGCUGCUUCUGUGUCAGUAUGUGGAGGGAAACAGAAGGAGAGUUGUAGAGGAAGCUUUGCUCAUUUGGGUCCAAGAAGCCCACAAGGUCAAGAGAGCCCAAGACCUACACCAACACAACCUCACAAGAAGAGUCAUACAGAGAUGGAACACCUACUCCCAACACAGAAUCAAAGAGCAGAACUCCAUUCUCACCAUGGAGGUGCAGCGACAACAAAGAGCCAUGCAAUGGGCCUUCACUUCCUGGAGAGGGCGUGUCUUACACAAGCAGGGUGUGGCCAGGACAGUGGCACAUCACUGGAGGUUUAGGGCACAAGAGAGCAGGGCGGCCAGCCACUACUUAGUCAGACUGGAAUUACGCUUUUUCUGCAUGUGGAGACUGGCACUGCUGUGGCGGAGGGAGAGGCGCCAGCGGGCACGGGAGCUGGGCAGGAAGUGGGCCCUGCUUGCCAGACAGAGAGCGGCACGCCAGGAGAGAGCGCUGGUGUUCCGUGAGGACAGAGAGAGGGGAGAACUGGCACAGCGAUUCUGGUACUGGGUCGCUCUUCAUCGGUCGUGGAAGAGGAGUCUGGAUUUCCACCAGCAGAUGCUCUGUCGGAGGGCCAUCCUAAGCUGGCAUGCUCAUGCUGGUCCAGCGAUUGCACGCAAGCACUGUGGUGCCAACCUCCAGCAGAGUAGAGACCAGAGGCUGGUGCUGCAGUGUUUGACCCACUGGAGAAGUGAACUGGGGCAGGCGCAGCACAGACAGGAGGUGCUGGGAGAGAGACUCAGCCAGAGGAACAGAAGGUUGACCGAGAACACCAUGAACUACUGGAGAACAGCCACUAGAGGGAGCACCGCACUCAGGCAGCUCAAUAACGGAAGACUACAACAAUGUAUCGACCACUGGAGGACAAGGACACACAUAUCCAGAGCUGCCAGAAUCAUGUGUGUGCAGAGAGCACGGAGAGACACCCAGCAAGUGUUGCUUGCCUGGAGGCAGUGGGCCAGAGUGUCUACAGGCCAGAGACAGAUGGGAGAGGCGGUGGGGCUGUGGGUGGAGGGCCACAGAGUGAGCAGAGCCUUCCAGCUAUGGGUCAGAGUUCACCAGAGCCAUAAAGACGCCUCACGGCUGAGCUCAGCUCACCUCGUUCGCAGGUUCUUUCAAGGCUGGCGUGAGGUCGUGAAGGAGAGCAUGUUCACAUGGAGGAGCACAGAGAACAAAGUGUGUACAGCACUGAUCCGGUCAGCGUUCAGUCUCUGGAGGAGGCGUGCUGCAUCCCAUAAGGCCUCACAGGACCUGGCUCAGAGAGUGACAGCCAGGAGGAGGAGGACCCUGCUGAGGUCAUCACUCCACACCUGGCAUCAGGAGGUCCAGUCCCGCAGGAGACGUUCUCUCCUCCUAUCAGAGAAGUACUAUGCAUGCUGGGUGGAGAGGGCGACGGCCACACGCAACAAGAGAAGGAGUCUCCUGGAGUGGAGACUGAGGGAGUAUAUAAGGAGGUGGAGGCUGGAAGCUGUUCUGAGGAGGGUGCAGAGGAGACACACCCAGGAUCUGUGGGACAACUGGAGAGACCAGACUGCUGCUACACUUCUGCUUAGGGCCCUGGCAAGCACAUACACUACACACACACACACACACACCUGCUUUGUAUUUUGUUGA